AUGGAAGAUGAAACCAAUGGAGCUGACAAAAAAAGGGGAUCAAAAGGCGAGAGACGUAGAAGCAAACCAGAUGAUGCAAAGGAUGAAAUAAAGAAAUUUAAAGAGAAUCUUCUGCAAUCCCUGUCUCCAGGAGACUCUAUUUUAUCGGAAAGUGGAAACGAGAUGACUGUCCCACAGCAAUCGAGAUCUCGUUCAGCUUCUAGGGCGAGAGAGGCUCUCUGUAUACCGCCGAACGUUCUGGCUGAACUCGACGAUAAUAAAAUAUUUGAACUAAAAGAGGCGUUCCUGUUGUUUGAUAUGGACGGUGACGGGUGCAUCGACUUUAGUGAUCUGCGAGCCACGUUAGUCAGUCUUGGGGAUAAGAUUGAUGAAAAUGCUAUUCGGAGCAUGCUUUCUGAGGCUCCAAACCCAUUGGAUUUCGAUGGCUUUGUCAACCUCCUUGGAUACAGGACUUUGGAACUAGACUCUGAAGAAACAUUGUUAUCAGCGCUUUCUCGUUGGGAUAAAGAUAACAAUGGAUUAAUCUCGGAGGAAAGGAUCAGACAUGAUUUGAUGACAUUUGGAGAUAAGUUCACUGCGAAAGAAGCGGACUACGCGUUAGACGAAGCACCACUCAUCGUCCAAAAUGACGGCUCGACUAUGAUCGACUACGUCAAAUUUUGCCGAAAACUGGCAGGCUUGAGGAAACCAACCAAAAUUGCGGUUUAAAUUGUAAUGAAUAUGCUUUGCACAAUAAAUGUUUUGUAAUA